AUGGCCAGAUCCUGCAGCACCUGCUGCCCGCCGACGUGCCCUACCGCCUCUGGCUGCUGCGCGGCGGCCCGGGGAGCGGCCGCAGCGGCUGCGACAGCUUCGACCUGGAGGUGCGCGUUACGACUGCGCCGGCAGCGAGGAUGCAGGAGUUCUACAUCGGCCCGCCCGCCUGGCUCUGCGAGGGCGCCGCCUGGCCGGCCCGGCUGGAGCAGCUCGCGGAGGCGCUUCGCGCUGCGCGACGUGCUGGAGCUGACGCGGCCGCCGCACGCCGAGCGCGGGGCGGACGGCGCACAGAAGACGGGCUGGGGAGCAGACGGCGCGGGCGGGUUGCGCACACUGGAGCUCCACGUGUCGGACGUGUCGGUGCUGCGGCUGACCACCGACGCGGCCACGGUGCCCGUGCGGCCGGUGCUGAUGCAGGGCAGGCCCGAGGACAAGUGGCAUCAGCUGCGCAGGCGGCCUGACAGGUGGCCAGCGGCCCAGCUCCAGUUGGCGGGGGGCGAAGUCCGGCACAGCAUCCACGCGGAGCUGCAGCCGGGGAAGUACACCAUCGUUUUCGCCACGGACUUUGCGGUGGGAGGCCUCCGGCCCUGCGCUUCGGUGUGGCUGCGGCUGGAGCUCGUGCCGCUGAAGGACUUGGACGCAGACUCCGCUGGCGACGGCAUAGGUGGGGCGUGCGCGAACCCCAGCGGCGACAGCAUGCUGGACGACCAGAUCAACAGGUGGGCCACGCCGCUGGACGGCUUCUUCGAGCGCGCGGAGGACUACCAGCUGACGCUGCCGCGAGCGGCGGCCGCUGCGGCGGCCGCGGCGGGCACCCCGUGGCAGCAGCAGCAGGGCGUGCAGCGGCUCGCCCGCGCGGAGGUCGACCUCCAGGGCGGACAGCCCUUCCUCCUGCGCGCCAGCGUGUCCUCGCCCUUCGCGGCGGCCGACGUCGGCAUCCAGGUCUUCUGCGGCACCACCGCGAUCGGCGACCCCCGCCCCCUGCCCGACGGCACCGGCUACGUGGUCCUGGCGGGGCCGUUCUCCGCGGCCGGCCGCUACGCGGUCGAGGUGUUCCACGUCCCCCGCUUGCCUGCGAGCGCUUCGAGCAAGAGGCACUGCGUGACCCUCUCCGUCGACCUCGCAGCGGUGGCGGCAGCUCCGCCCUCGCUGCCGCCGAGCGGCCCUGCCGAGCUCGCGGCCACGCCGCUGGCCGCCGCGCCGCUGCUGAGCUCCGGGCCCUGCCGCCUGGGGGGCCCAGAGCUGCCGGAGCAGCUGUCUGCGCUCCCUGGCCGGCCCGCCCUGCUCGACGGGGAGUUCCUGCUGCCGCGCAGCGGGCGGCAGAGCAUCGAGAUCACCGGCCUCGGCGAGGGCCCCUGGGUCGUGCGCGCGGAGGCCUCCUCGUCCGACGCGGAGGUGGGCGUGAGCGCGGCCGGCGCCCCGGCCGCGCCGCGGGGCAGGAGGACGGAGGACGCCGUGCUGAUCGUCGCCGGGGCACCUCUGCAGGUCACCGUGGAGGCCUCGCGUCUGCCCACCUCCACCGCGUGCCCCUCGCUGCGCCUCCACCUCGUCGUCGUCGCCGCCGCCGACGUGCCGCCCUGCCCCGGCGCGGGCGGCGCAGCGGGGCUCGACGUCGGCAGGCAGCUCGAGGAGUCCCUGCGCCCGCAGCGGGUGGACGCCGCCCGCCUGCAGACCUUCUCGCUCCCGCUCGCGGGCGCCGGCGUCGGCACCACGGUCAUGUUCAGCGUGCGCUCCGCCACCGCAGAGCUGCGCCUCGAGCUCGGCGUGCAGCCGCCCUGGCUGCCCCUGGAGGUGCUCGUCGAGGACGCGGAGGGGGCGCCGGGCGGCCUGUGGGCGCGCGCGCGGCCGAGCGGGGGGCGGCUGGCGCUGCUGGCGCCGAGCCUGCCGAAGGGCUUGUACCGGCUGCACGUGCGCUCGUGGAGCAGGGUGUGGAACAGGGCGCAGGGCUUCACGCUGGCGCAGCGCUGUGCGCUCGUCACCGGCGCGGCGGCGCUGCUGGAGCCGUCCGGGCGCGACGCGUCGAACUUCAGGCAGGAGAUGCUGAACCUCGCAGAGCUGCUGGCCGUCUCGCCCCUGCCCGCGAUGCUGGUCCCGUCCUGGCUCCAGCCUGAGGACAGCCUGCUGGUCUCGCAGAUGUACGCCGUGCCCCCUGGCGGCGGCGACACCAUCCUGAAGGUGGACGGGCCCCGCACGUUACGGCUGGUGGCCGAGCCGGCGGACCUCCUCGCGCCCAGGCUGAGCCUAGAGGUGCGGCGGGAUGGCCCAGAUGGCGAGGUGGUUGCUUACCCCGCGGCGCUGAUGCAGGGCACACAGGUCGCCCUGAGUCGCUCCGGCACCUACCUGCUGCGGCUGGUCCCCGGCGGCGAGCCCGCGUGCCCCGAAUGCGUCCACGGGUCCCUGCCGUUUUACAUCACCGUCGGCCUCUCGGCCGCGGUGGCCGCCCGCGCGGUGGACGGGGACUGCCCCGCCGAGGCACCCCUCGCAGAGGUGCGCGGGCUCGGGGUGCCGCCCCCGAGCCUCGCGGGCGCGCGCAGCUGGCGUCAGGUGAAGCGUUUCCGCGCUCGCGGGCUGCCGGGCCCCGUGCUCAUCGACAUGAGCGUGCCGCGGCCUUCGGUGGUCCUCAUCGGCAGCUGGUCCGACUUCGCCUCCCGGCACGUGCGCGUGGGCUUCAAGACCGAGGAAGGCGUCUGGGUGGGCGAGCAGCGGAUGGGCACGAGCGCCCUGGAGAUCGAGCUGCCCCCUGGGCACUACACCCUCCAGGUCGACGAGCCCGGCCACUCCUGGCGGGACGGGGGCUGCAUGGAUUUCGGGAUCGUCGUCAGCCAGGCCGCCCUGCGCCCCGCCGUGUCCGAGACCUUCUCGCCGCAGCCCCACGCCGGGGCCCUGGCCGUCGCCGGGCAGAGCCUGGCGGGCGCCGCCUGGUCCCUGAGCCUGGGGGCGCGCUGCGACGCGCCCGGCGCCUCGCCGCUGCCGCUGGACGCGCUGGCGGCGUCUGGCGGCUCGGGCGGCCUGGGCGGGCCGAUGGGGCCGGACGGCCGCCUGCUGCUGCGGCACCGCGUGAUGCUGACGAACAUACACGACGGCCGCAAGAAGGUGUUCCUCCGCCCGCGGGGCGGGUCCCUCCUCCGCUUCGCCGUCGUGUCGGGCGACGCCAGCCAGGUGGAGGUCGCCCUCGAGGACGGCGCACACCGCCCGCUGGCGCCCAGCACCGUGCGCAGCCACGGCGCCGCUGGCUGGUCCGCGGCCUACGAGCUCCGCCCCGAGGACGCCGGCGGCAUCUGGCUGUCGUUCCACCGCGAGCACCAGGACGCGCACGCGUCUGGCUGCGCCGCCUUCGAGCUGCUGCUGCAGGCGGCCCCGGCCGAGGACGUCGCGGCGAUGUCAGGCUGCUCCGGCCAGACCACCACCCUGCAGGAGCUGGCACGGCUCGCCGCGGCCGAGGGGUCAGCGGAGGGCGCGGUGCGGCUGCAUCCAGAAGGGAUCGAGGUUGCCACCUUCGACGUCGACGUGGACGAGGCCUCGAUCGUGGAGGUAGAGGUGCGGUUCAACCUCCUGCUGUCCGACGUGCAGGUCUGGAUGAACGAUGGUGGGGUGGUCCCCGAGGAGGAGGCGAACUCCGAGAUGAGCGCUGCCGGCGCCGCGGCCGAGCCGCUGAACGCGCGCGUGGCGCUGGUGCUGCGGCUUCAGGCCGGACACCACGCCGUCCGCGUGCGCCACCGGCCCGCGCUGCCGGCGGCCAAGCUCGCCGCCGCGGGCCCGCUCGCCGCCACCUGCUUCCCGCUGCGGCUCUCCGCGCGGCGGGCGCCAUGGGCCGGCGCCACCACGGUCGCCUUCGCCCCAGCGGCCCCCGUCUCGCGCGCGGGGGACCUGGUGUUGGUGCUGCUGUCGCCGCAGCGGGCCCAGAGUUGGACGGUACCUUCCAUUGCCGGCGCGCUCCCGUCCAGCGCCACCGCGUUCGCUGGGGGCCUGGUCUGCACCUGGGACGGCCCCGCGCUCGUGGACAUGGCCUCGGGCGGCCUCCUCGGCCGCGCCCUGCGGGCCGCCCCCGACGGGCAGCCGGGCGGCGGCGGCCAGCACGUGGCGUCCGCGGUGAACUACGCUGGCGCAGCCGCCGGCGAGGUGGUGGUCAUCACGGGCGACGGCGACGGCCGCCAGUGGUCUGGGGGCCCGAGGGCACAGGCGCCGCUGCCGCCGAGGCCCUGGCUCCUCGCGGCAGCGGCGGCUCCCUCUGGCGCCAGGGUGCCCGACGCGGCGGUGCCUGCUGCGCCGGCGGCACCCUCCGCCGCGCGGAGCGCGACCAGCGCAGGGGCGCCGCCGGUGCGGGAGCCCUCGGGCGGCGGGGGCGUCCAG